CGGAUUUUAGUCUUACCUUAUCAUUAUCACAUGACUCGAUCUUGGACAAGAUGUCGCACUCAGCGGUGAAAGGAAAAUUAAUAGCUGUUAUUGGAGAUGAGGACACUUGCACUGGAUUUUUGUUAGGAGGUAUUGGAGAACUGAACAAAAAAAGAGAGCCCAAUUUCCUUGUAGUAGACAAAAAUACAAGCAGGCAUGACAUAGAGGAAACAUUCAGAGCAUUUCUCAAAAGAGAUGACAUAGCUAUUAUCCUAAUUAAUCAGACAAUUGCAGAGGAAAUCCGGUAUGUUAUUGACUCACAUGACCAGCCUGUCCCAGCAGUGUUAGAAAUCCCCAGCAAAGAUUCUCCCUAUGAUUCCAGUAAAGACUCCAUUCUACGAAGAGCCAAGCAUUCAACCCUUGCCAGUAUGAAAAACGGUUCAGUGCUGUACGACCGACAGGACAGUGGGUAUCCAGGAAGUCCGGUCAUCUUAGAAACUCAACAUAUAAGGAGGAACUAUAAAUAUCUUAAACGGGAAAUGGAUACAUAUACUAUAGUAGAUUUUCUAGUGCAACACAAUAUUUUGAACACAGAGGAAAAUUCCUUUCUGAUUGGAAAACCUCGAGCGAGAAAAUGUGAUUUCAUUUUACGUAAAUUGUUACGGCAUCCAAGACAUUUGCCAGAGUUCACAAAAAUGAUAAAACUAAAUUCCCAGGAGCAAGGAUUUCGUUGUUUUCUGCUUCUUCCCCACUCUGAAUCCUUGGCGAGCGAAGAUUCAAUCGCCAAUGAAAGAGUCCUACACACCAAAAGUUUGAACAGAACGUUGGAAAAAUAUAGAGAUGAACUUUUGGAAGCAAUCAAGUCAAGAAUAUCAAAUGAAAGUGACAGCAUUGUUGACGAUUUCUUAGAGGAAGAUGUUAUUCAUGUGGAUGAACACGAGGAAAUAUCGACUGAAAAAAAUAAAUCUACAGCAGCUAGUUUGCUUUUAAAUUACAUAACAAACAAAUUGCCAGGAUCCUAUCAAAAGCUUCUUUCAAUUCUGGAAACGUAUGAAUUGAAUGAUCUUGCUGUUCAUCUUUUGAAAGAAAUUGAUAACACUGACUUGGAGCGAACAGGAAACGAGGAGCAAUUGAGAGUUGAAUUUGUGGUUGGUGAAGUGUAUCAAUGCUCCAUGGAAGCUCUUAACACGAAAAUAAGAAAAAUCAGAAAAAUCAAAAUAAUAAUAUCAGAUGACGAUGGAAAUGAAGAAGUACUUGGGGAAGUGAUGAAACAAAUCCCAAGCUCGGAAGAAAUGGUUGCCCAAGGGAUACAUUCUACUUUUGAAGGAACAUCGACAGGAUCUGUUAUAAUUGUUCUUCAAACAGAAUCAUCCUACGCAAUGGCAAAGUUAGAACAUUUCAUAGAAAAAGAGGGUAUUUCAAAAUUUUUGGCACAGUUAUUUGAAUCCAGGGAUGUUCGAAUAGUUUUGACGAAAGAAAAGUACAACAUAGAAGUUCAGAUCAGAGUAGCGCAAGAACCAGCAGACUCAACAUUGGAUAUUUUGCAUGCUGAACACCGAAAACUUGAGACUACAUACAAGUCUCGUUUGGAGAAGUGUCAUGGCUUUUUACUGGAGGAACUGGAGCCGCGUUGUUUACUAAAGGAGCAAGAAGUUGCUGACAUUUUCAGUUCAGUUUUAGAGAAGAUGAACCAACCGGGCUUAAGAGCUGCAAACGUUGAAUUCUUCUUGGAAUAUCUCAAAAACCAGUCCGAGGAGAAAAUUCAAGUGGUUGUAGAUAAACUUAAAGAUAAGAACACGUACAUCUAUGACCAGAUGUUUCCAAAUACAGCGAAGUAUGAGGAUAUAGACAUCGAUCAAGUCAAAGGUAAUAUUUUGGACAGUUUACCGGAGCUAUUGGAUAUAGUGAGUAUCCGUGCGAUACAAACUCCUCUUUUGAGUACUGGGAUUAUAUUGUCUGAAGAACUUGAUUUUAUUCACAAGAACAGCGAAAGUCUUAGAAACGAAACUUUGCAGUUUAUGAAAUUAGUUUUACAUAGAGGAACAGAGGCUAUCAAGAUUUUCCUCUCAGCUUUGGAAACCUCUUACGGUGAAAGUACAGUUCAAAGUCUUCUACAGCCAAGGGAAAUCACAAGUGCAAUUGAGAAAAGGCACGCAAAAAUUGAAUACAAAGCUUUCAACAAAGAAGACGGCCUAUUGUUUAAAGGAAGAUUUGUACUAGAGCUGAAGACAGAGGACGAAAGUGAGAAACAAGACGUAAAAUGUAUAUAUGCUAGAGAAGAAGGACCAACAAAGGAUGGAAAUCUGGAAACCCUGUCUGAAGACCAUUCGUCAUCUGAGAGUGACUCAAGUAAUGCAGCUCAUAAAACAAGAUCAGAUAGUGAAUCUAAAAUUACAUCAACAAAAGCCUCAAAUAUUGGAAAACUUGAGUUGGAUAGCUCUGAAAUACUUUCGAAACUGACAAGGAAACUUGGAAAUGUAGAAGACGUAUUGGUAGUAAAACGCAUUUUAUCAUCAACAAAGCUUAAAGAUGAAAGAAAGAGGGACGAAGUUCAGAGAAUAUUUCCCAAAAAAUAUGAGAAAAUUAAGGAGGAUGUUUCAAAACUUCAACACGUUUUAAAAGAAUUGCAAAGUAUGAUUAUCUUAAAAGCAGGAUCUGUCUUCACUGAAAAGUAUGAGUAUUUUUGGACUGGGCAAUUCGAGGAAUUCGAAGAAAGAUGCCAAGACGAGACAAAGCAGACAUUAUACUCAGGAAGUAUGUCUCGGUUUGAGAGACAGGACACCAUUGCCACGUUGACAGAGGAAUAUGGAGACACUACUUUGACUGAAAGUGAUGAGGACAAGGAGAGCUCAAAUGUUUUAAAUCAACAAUCUUCAAAGUAUCAGGGCAUUUUAAUGGGCAAAGUCCGUAAAAUAGAGAUAGUUCAGUCCGUAAUGGAAGUCUUCAGAAUCAUGACAGAAAAAGAGACCCAGUUGAUGGCUAUAAAAAAUAUAUUAAAUGAAGAACAAUACAAAAAACUGGAAAAAUAUAUAAUCAAGCUUCAAGCCAUUAGUGAAAAAAUGGAAAAGGCAGCAGAAUCCGCAGAUGUGGCGUGACUGACAAAUCCAUAC